AACACUGCGACGUACUCGACGUCGUACGUCAAAAUAAACUUAGAAGAAUCCUGUUUUGAAGAUAUUUAUGUAAUUGUUUACUGUCGAAAUGCAUUUAGUUUUAUUAUUUCUGUUUACAUGUGUAAAUUUAGGAUCCGCGUUGUUCCCCUACGUGUAUCCUAAGAUCGAACUUACAGCAUCGCUCUCUGGAGACGCCGGUACACCAUUAUAUCUCACUCCUUUUUUGAAGAAUGGCUCCAUAGAUGCGGCGCAAAAGCUUUCCCGAGUAUCUUUGACUACCAAACUUGGCUUCGAGAGCCAUGCCGGCUUUUUCACUGUGGACGAACAUUAUCAAUCUAACCUGUACUUCUGGUACUUUCCGACGUUUUCCAAAGAUCCAAAUGCACCAGUUAUUCUGUGGUUGCAAGGCGGGCCCGGCGGCAGUUCUUUAUUCGGACUCUUCACAGAAAUAGGGCCUUUAGUUGCUACUAAGAAAGGCUUUAAAUUGAGGAAGCACCACUGGGCAUUGAACAGCCAUCUUAUUUUCAUAGACAACCCUGUUGGCACAGGAUUUAGUUUUACCAAGAACGAAGAAGGUUAUUGUACUGACGAAAACUGUGUUGCACUAGGCUUGUACAAUGCAAUGCAACAAUUCUUCACCCUAUUUCCUAAGUUAAGAAGCCACAAGUUUUUUAUAACCGGGGAAUCAUAUGCUGGGAAGUAUAUACCAGCUUUAGGUAUGGAGAUACAUAAUCAAAAUCCUACAGCUGUUAAUAAAAUUAACCUACAAGGUAUGGCAAUGGGAAAUGCUUACUGUGAUCCUGCUAACCAGCUAGAUUACGGUAACUACUUGUAUCAACAUGGACUUAUAGAUAAUAAUCAAUUACAAGUAUUUGAGAAGCUCCAAGCAAAAAUUGCAGCUGAAAUAAGAAAAGAAAACUGGGUACAAGCAGAUUUACUCAUGGAUGUAAUGAUGGAUGGAGAUGUGAAAAACUUCUCAUACUUCAAAAACUACACUGGUUUUGAUAACUAUUAUAAUUUUCUUAAAACAAGUGAAGUAGACAUUACUAUAUUUGCUAAAUUGCUGCAGGAUGACAAAGCUCGAGAGAGCAUUCAUGUUGGAAACUUGCCUUUUCACUCCGGUAAAGAAGUGCAGUUACAUUUAGCAUUAGACAUACUGAAAUCUGUGGCACCAUAUGUUAAAACAUUACUUUCUCACUACCGAAUACUUAUAUACAAUGGACAGCUAGACAUAAUUGUUGCUUAUCCGCUAACGGAAAAGUUUCUACAGAAUUUAGACUUCAGCUCUGCUGAGGAGUAUAAAACUGCUCCGAGGAAGAUAUGGAGGGUCGGGGAUGAAGUGGCAGGGUACAGGAAGAGAGCUGGCAACUUGACAGAGUUGCUGGUGAGAAAUGCUGGCCAUAUGGUGCCGCAUGAUCAGCCCAAGUGGGCAUUUGAUAUGAUUACGCGUUUUAUUCAAGGCAAAAUGUGAUUCAAUACAUUAAACACAUGGCAAUAUUCUACUAUACUUAUCUCAUUGUAUAAUAAUAAUUUGAUUUAAACCUUUGAACGCUGUGAACGUGAGAUCAUUGUGAACUUUGUUGCAAUGCCCAAAGGUUGAUAUUGGCGUAGUAGAUAUUCAAGUUAAUGUCUUUGGCGGUAUUGGCGAAAUGGGAGCUAAGUAACAUGUUAGAAACAUUUUAGGAAUUGUAACUAAUAUGAAUCUCAUGUUUGUAAGGCUUUAUUAUUUAAAGUCCUAUGGUGAUGGAUUGGCUUAGAGACUGUUUAUAUAUACUGUGGAUAUUAGGAAUUAUUAUUUAUAACUUUGUGGUAUACUUAAGUUUUAUAUGAAUAAAAUGAAUUUUAAUUUGUUUA